ACUUCGAUUCGCUCCCACGCACACACACUCCUGCCUGCGGUUGCCACUCGCGUAGCACCAGACAGCGGCAGCAGCACGCGCGCGACGUUCGCAAUGGCGGCGCGGGCAACCGUCGUCCUCUGCGCCGCGUUCCUCGUCCUGCUCUCCGCCACCAGCUCCCUCGCGCAGUCCCCCGCGGCCGCGCCGGCUAAGGCGCCGCCCAAGUCCUCCUCCAAGGCCACGCCGGCCGCCGCGCCCGCGCCCAAGUCCUCCUCCAAGGCCAGCCCAUUGGCGCCGGCCGCCGCGCCAACCACCCCGGCACCCGCGGCGGCGCCGGCCACGCCAAAGCCCAAGGCCCCCGCGCCCGCGCCCGCCACCAAGGCCGCAGCCCCGGCCCCGGCUACCCCUGCUCCCGUCGCCACUCCCCCCGCGGCGACGCCUCCCGCCGCCGAGGCGCCCGUGCCCGCCGCGGCGCCGGCCCCCGAGACCAAGCCCGUCGAGGCCCCCGCCCCCGCCCCCGCGCCGGCCAAGAAGAAGAAGCCGUCGUCCCCCUCCUCCAAGGACAAGAAGAAGAAGAAGGGCGCGUCCGCCCCUGCCCCGGCCGCCGACGCCCCCGUCGCCAAGAAGCCCAGAACCGCCGACGCGCCCACGUCCGCAGCCGAGGCUCCCGGGCCCAGCGGCGACGCCGCCGCUGCCGACACCGCGAGGGCCGCAGCGAGGAGGACACCGGCGGGCGUGAUCGCGUCGUCGGCCGUCGCGGUGCUGCUGGGUGCGGCGGCCCUGCUCGCCUAGAUAAGAUCCCCGGAUGCCACCAUCACAGGAUUUGAUGCCCUUUUCCUGCUUUUACUUUUUCUUUCGCUAUUUUGUGGAAAAAAGGGGUUUUCUUCUGUGUAGUAGAGUAGUACCGUAGCAGUAGACUAGUAGGGCGGAUGAUUUCUUCUGCUUCCAGAGAUGAUACGAGAGAGAGAGUGGUUAGAGUAGAGAGGGGACUGCCCGUGUAAUGUUCAGAUUUAUCUACAUAUUUAUAUAUCCCUGUUAUAGCUC